CAAUAUCGUUUACAAUAGCAAAGUGAAAAUUUUUUCUUCUCUUCAGUGCGUUUUCCAGCUUUUCCGCUUUUAUUUAUUUAUAAAACCGUUUAAAAACAAAUUUUUAAUAAAUAAAUUUAUAUUAAUAAAAGAAGAUGUGUAACAAAGCAUUGAAAAUAUAUCAUAAAUAUGUUGAAAAUGCUUAGAUAAGUCUAAUGUAAAAUAAGUGCUGUUUCUCGUUCUUAGGACGAGAAAAUCCAUGUGUACAAUAAGAGGCGUGAAGCAUAUGAGAAAAUGCGCAUCUUAACAGAGAAAUAACUUUUAUUUAAGAAAUCAAUAACUUCAAUGUGAGUUUAAUAUAACUAAAAUUUAAAUUACGACAGCUGGUUGAAUAUAUUUACUUAAGUCAAAUUGAUAUACAAUUAAACGGAUUAAUAAUUAUUGAAUCAAAGCAAAGAAAUAUUUGUUAGGCGUUUGCUAAAAAUAUAAAUGGGGAUUUAGUUCCAACUAGAAUAUUUACUUCAGACAUUUUCGUGCCGGAUAAAGAAGAAUAAUAAUAAUAUGGGCGGAAAUAGUACAACAAAUACUUUUACCGCUGGUGGCUAUAUUGGGCCUGCUAGCGGAAGUAGUGUUGGUGGUAGCAGCGGUGGUGCCGUAGGCGGUGAUCUUAUACCAAAUAUGAGUUCUGCUAGUGGUACUUCAUAUGCUUAUGGCACAAGUUGGGAAGAAUUCUGUGAACGUCAUUCACGUGUAGCGGCAGCUGAUUUUGCUAAGGCUUGCAUAAAUUAUAUAAAUGGAAAUUUGCCACCCGAGGAGGCGCGCAAUAUUUCCUAUCGGAGCUUCGGACAAAAGUUUGCCGAAGCAUUUGUGGAUCAUUUCGAAACUGAAUUCUGUCAUAGACGUAACAAUCUUAAGACUGGUAAUGGAAAUUCAUUAGAAGAAAGUGGCAACACAGCGGAAGAUUCGCCGAAAAUCUUUCAAAAAGCAUUCUUUCGACGCCUUUCGUUUAAAGGUCUGCGCAAGGGCAAGAAUUUCUUAUUCCUGCAGACGCUUUUUCAUAAGAACAGCGAUGAUUUAGAUGGUAGCAAACACAGCAAGACAAAGAUCUCGAAAAUUAUUGUUGAAUGUCGUAAAGAAGGUUACGUCUAUAAUUUAACACCCGAAAGUUUGGAUCAACCAACUGGCACGCAAAAAUGGGAAAAAUGUCGUCUGGCACUAGUGAAAGCUGUUGGCGGUUAUAUGUUGGAGUUCUAUACGCCACCUAAAGCUACAAAGCCUCGAAGUGGCGUUUUUUGUUUCCUAAUAUCGGAGGCAAGAAAAACAACUCGGCUUGAAAUGCCCGACCGUGAAAACACUUUUGUAUUGAAGGCAGAUAACAAUAUGGAAUAUGUUAUUGAGGCAGAGAGCAGUGAUGAAAUGCACAGCUGGUUAGCCACUAUACGUUACUGCAUGCGUACACCGCCUACGCAGCAAUUGCCUUUAGAAUCGGCAGAUGCAUUGCUUACUGGUGGUGGUGGUGUCGGUGGCAUAAUGGGUGGUAUUUCGGCAACAACUUCAAUGGCUAUGAGUCCGAGUGGCAAUUUAACUUCCACAGAUGGUACUAUUCCACGCAGUGGUGGCAUUAAUAAUCCACAAUACCAUCAGACAAACAUACUUGGUUCUAACGGCAAUGUCGGCCCAAGCAGUUCACAAUCGGACAAUGCACUGGUAUCUGGAAAUGGGGGAGUAGGUGCAACGGCAACUAUUGGUAAUGAUGGAAAUGCAAUAGAUGGUAUACCUGAUAUACCGCCGAGACGUGUCGGACCUGGCGAACGCGGUGAACAACGCCUAUCGGCGUCGAGUAAUUUCGAACCCGAAGGUGAUUCUGAACUGGAUAUAAAUGUAGCGGAUUUAACGGCUGAAAUGCGACAGUAUCCCUGGUUUCAUGGUACACUGCCGCGUUCAGAGGCAGCACGUAUGGUAUUACAUUCAGAAGCAGCAGGACAUGGUUUCUUUUUAGUGCGUCAAAGUGAGACGCGCAAAGGUGAAUUUGUGCUCACAUUCAAUUUUCAAGGGCGUGCUAAACACUUACGUAUGACCUUGUCGGAGAAGGGCCAAUGCCGUGUACAGCAUUUAUGGUUUCCUUCGAUACAGGAGAUGCUCGAGCACUUCCGGCACAAUCCAAUACCAUUAGAAUCGGGCGGCACAUCUGACGUUACACUAACCGAGUGGGUACAUAAUCAAGGAACUUCGUGUAGCGGCACAAUUGAUGCCAGCAGCAAUGCUGAAACAAACGGUGGGCAUCAACCACAACAACAACAGCAACAGCAUCCAUCACCGAGACAUCCGCAACAUGUAAUCACAAUGAACAUGAGUGUGCGCUUAAAAACGUGCGAAAUUGAGUUACCGUUCCUACACCAGCAGCAGCAACAAACGCAGCCGCCGCAUCACCAUCAUGUACAUGUACAACCGCCGCAAAUAUCAGCACAGCAACAGCAAUCACAUCAGCAGCAACAGCAACCGCCGCCGCAGCAGCAGCAGCAACAACAACAGCAAUUAAACACGCCACAAUUACGCACGUCAACAGUAUCACUGCAAUCACCGAAUCCACACCUUAGUGGUGCAAGAGUGGCAAGCAUUAACGAUUUGAACGCAAAUGAAAUGGGCCCACGCGCGGUCGAUAACCAGUACAGUUUUGUGUAACUCAAUUCCGCUACGAAUAAAGUAUCCUUGGCAAAGCCGCAAUACAAAGGAAACUAUAUUUACCUAUAUACAUGCAUACUGACAUAAGUGAAUGUAAGCUUAAAGCAGCUUUUUUUUUGUCGUUUUUCCGUUGCCUUCCAUAUGAGAAUUGCAUAAUUCGACAGAUUUUGCCAUGGUUUCCUUUUAAAUUAACAGCAUUUCCUUAAUCUUCUAUUGUGUUCACAAACCUAACGUAAUAAAUGCAUGUAUAUUUAUAAAGUAUUUGUAAAUACAUACAUACAUACACCUUUAAAUGAUUUACAAUUGUAGGCUUUAAAAUUAUUAAGAAGUUUGCUUCCUAUGUUUUGUAAAGCAAAAACAGUUUAUAAGGCUUUUUUUUUUUAGCUAAAUUAAGUUCUACUGUGCGUUGUUGCAUAUUUAAAUUAUAAAUACAUAUGUAUACGCAUAUUCACAUGGUAUGUCUUACAUUGUUCAGUUAAUUUAAACACGAAUUUCUUGUGUAUUCAAGUAUAUCAAGUAACGCAUAAUUAAGAAUAACUUGCUAUUGAUUUCGAAACUUUUACUAAACAAUUGUAAAUAUUAUUUGCUCAAUUACCGAUAUAUAAUUAUAUAUUAAAGAUAAUUAUAUUUAGCUGAUAUUUAAAAUUUUCAAUUAGAUUUCUCCUAAAAACAAAAAGGCUGCUUAAGUAGUAGAUAUAAUCGUAAGUACAUAUUUUUUUUAAGCAAACACUGAAGUUAGGUUUUUCGACUUAUAUUCAGGUCAAUGAGUAAAGAUAAUUAAAAAAAAAUUAAACUAUAAGCUAAAUAAUAACAUACAAUACUCAACAAAUAAGAAAGAAAACAUUGAAAAAGACCAAACAAUUUAUUUACAUGCGUUGUUGUUGUCGUCACAGCAUAAAUCUACAGAAUUUGGUUUGGAUAAAUUCUGCUGAAAAGGCAAUACUUGACCUGUUAUAUCAAUGAAAAUGCAGUUAUGUAAACAAGUUUUAUAUGAGAUGUAAUUUAAUGAUGAAUUUGAAGAAAUUAACACAACACUUUCGAAAAUGUUCAGUUAAUGUCAUGUAUUUAUUAAUAUGAUUUUAAUGUUUAAAAAACUGCAUAUUAUUCCUCCUUACAUAUAAAAUAAUGAAAAGCCAAACUUUUAUAGACAUUUCCAAGAGCUAGAAUGUGCUAAUAUCAGUGUUUAAACUUGUAAAAAUUUCAGGGCACAUAAAUUGAGACACAGUUUAUACGUUUAUAUGCAGAGUAUUAAAUAUACUUAUAUUUUUAAAUUAUCAGCAUGACCAACUGAGUCGAUUCAGCCAUGCCCAUACGCGAACUAGUUCCUCAGUUUUUGAGAUGUCGAUCGAAAUUACGUACAGUUAUUUUCUCCCCGUGGAGCAGGUAUACAACUGAACAAUCAAAAUUAAGUCCUUGUGUGGAAAACUGUUUUAUUUGACGAGAUAUCUACACCAAAUUGGCAUGGGUUAUUGGUUAAAAUAAUUGUACAAACUCCGAACAAAUUAAGUAAGAGUCAAGAUCGGAUCACUAUAGAAUACAGGUACUAGCUGACAUACAAACUGCUCGAUCUUUUAAUGAAAACUUUUUAUUACCAAAUAUACAGUUUUUGACCAGUGAAAUUGUUUUUGUUUGUUUGUUUUAACGUGUAUGUAUGCUUUCGUCAUAUUCAUCAAUUAAUAAAAGUUAUUUAAAUAUUGUAUAAACAUACAUAAAUGCAUAUAUUGUAAGUGAAAAGUGGUUGUAAUACUAAAAUUAAAGAUUUUCUCUCUUUGAAUGUUUCUAAGACAAGGACAAAAAGUGUUUGUUGAAUUUACUAAACAUGUAGGAAUAAUACUUGACGUCAACGUCGCAUGGAAUUGAAUUCUAGACAUACAGAUAAAGAUUGAGUUUGAAUUAUUAUGUAAUAUUAUAUAUGCUUGUACAUAUGUAUUUACAUCCAGGCAAGUUUGAACAUAUUUAAAAGGACAAAAUCAAAUAAAAGUAACACAUUUAAAGUACUAUGUCUUAUACAGAUGUUUAUAUACAUACAUACGUAUUUGCAACCAUUUAAGCCCAUAGUUAAAACAAAAUAUAUAUGAUAUACGUACUCAUUUAUAAAUGUAAAGCGUUGUAUAGUAAUAUAUGUGCUGUAUAGUCCUAUAUACAUAUAUACAUAAAUACAUAUACGAGUAUUUGCAAGUUUAUUGCUAAACAAAACAACACAAACAAUGUUACACAGAUAUUCCUAUGCGUAUCAGUUAAAAUUUUGAUGCAACUACCUACAUACAUACAUACAAGCAAAUAUUUGUUUACGCAAAAAACCAAACGCUACAAUACACAAUAGUUAAACAAUAAGUUAUGUCACAGAACGACUUGAUCAUUAGAGAAAACAAUUUAGGAUUUUUUAUUCUAAGCCGUUAAAUAAUAUUUGCAUCCUAACUAGAAACACAGAAAAUAUACUUUAAACAUAAAUAUUUUCGCUGAAUCCGUACACAUACAUAUAGGUAGUAUAUUUUUAUGGGCUUUUUUCGUGUACUUGCAAAAUCAUUAAUUUCAUUUGAUUUGAAUUAUUUAAUAAAAAUGAUUGUUCAACAUAAUGGUAA